AUGAGACCCAAGCAUGACAAAUACCACAGAGUGCUUCAGUGUCUAGAGAACACUAAGCAGAAGAUACUGAGAGAGAGAGCAGCAGCAGAUCUGAUCAUCAUCAACAACACAGAGGAACAAGAUUUUGUGAAGAUCAUUUCUGGUGGUUCUGAAUAUUUCUGGAUUGGUCUGACUGAUAUUGAAGUGGAAGGCUCAUGGAAAUGGGUUGAUGGCAGCAACAUGACCUUACCUGGGUUCUGGGCGUCUGGAGAGCCAAACGGCAAACAAAAUGAAGACUGUGCUCUGAAUUAUUCACCAGGAGGGGCUGAUUUUCCAUGUGAUUAUAUGUCUAAAUGGAUCUGUGAGAAGAAUAUUUUUUAAAUGACUCAUUAUAAUAAAAAUGUACGUAUGUGCAUUAUGAACAUCUAAAUAUGUCUGUUAAACAUCUUGUGUUCAGUAAUUUUACCUGUUUUUAUUUGAAUGGCACUUUAAUUACGUUAUUCUGUAAAAACAUAAAAUAAAAUAAAUGAAAAUA